AUGAACUUGUUGCAAUAUAUCGUUGUUUUUAUCGUUACUUCUUUAACCGAGUCUUUGGUUGCUGCUUCAGUAGGCUCUCCAUUCACCCUUUACAAGGGCUCCAAACCUUUUUACAGCUGUAAUAAUCAAAUUUCCGACACCGUUUCGUUCUGUGCUAAGGCAAAUGAUUAUCAAUGUCUUUGCACCAACAAAAACUAUUUGGCUACUGUUGCAGGCUGUCUCCAAACGGUUGGGCCAUCUCCUUCCGCUGUUAAUGGACUUGUUACCUUUUGUCGUAACCAUGGCAUUCACUUUGCAGACUACAAUUGGUUUAAUGAUUCAAUUCAAUUGUAUUUACAACAAGCGAAAUUAAAGAAUCAGAUUCAAAAUUUCACUAAAUCUUCCCCCAUUGAAACUCCUUUCAUUUUGAAUCAGACUGCUGUUUUGCUUUACCAAAAAACCUACAAUAUGUAUUAUGCCAAUAUGGAUAACUCCUUAUACUAUGGUGCUGCUUGUUUGGGGUAUUGGUUGUUGGUACUUUUGCUUGUCGCAUUAUUCAAUUGGACAAAGGUUUUAUUUCCAAGCUUUGUUAAAAAAUUGACAUCUCCUUUUAUCAACAAAUGGAGAAAGUACAUUUCGGCUCCAGCAACCUUCAAAAGGAAAAAGACAGAAGAACAACGCUUGUUUAAGGUUGCGUCUUCUUUAAUCCUUUCAAGGUUUGAUUCAAUGAUUGUGUUUGGUUUUUAUAUUUUGGUAAUUGUACUCCAUGCUGUAAACUAUCAGUCUAUUGAGAAUGAAGUACGCUAUAAAAGUCAGUACUUGGCCCAUUUGAAGAUUCUUGGAGACAGAACUGCAGUAGUAGGUAUUAUGUUGAUGCCUUUGAUUUUCUUGUUUGCUGGCAGAAAUAACUUUUUGCAAUGGAUGGUUGGUCUUAAUUACAGUAGUUUUGUUGGUUAUCAUAGACAUCUUGCAAGAAUUAUGUUUGCAUUGUUUGUUAUUCAUGCUGCAAUAUUCUCCUAUUUAUUUGGUGACAGCUACAGUGUGGUUAUCUCAGAAACUAAUUUUGUAUGGGCACUCGUUGCCACUGUAUGUGGUGGUAUAAUUAUGUUUCAGACUUUGCUCUAUUUCAGAAGGAAAUGGUAUGAAGUGUUUUUAGUUGCUCAUAUUGUAUUGGCCAUAUUUUGGACUGUUGGGUUGUGGUAUCAUGUUCAAUACAGAGGAUACGUUUGGUUAGUUCUUCCAAGUAUUGCAGUUUGGAGCUUUGAUAGAGCUGUUAGACUUGCAAGAUUAUUUGCUUUUGGUUUCCCGCACGCCGAUGUCACAUUGAUAGCUGAUGAAACUUUGAAAGUACAAGUUCCAAAGCCCAAAUAUUGGAAAUCAGUUCCUGGCGGGCAUGCUUUUAUUCAUUUUUUGGAUGCAAGAUAUUUUUGGCAGAGUCAUCCAUUCACAUUUAUUGAAGGUGAACUCGGCAGUAUUAUUUUCUUUUGCAAAGUCAAAGAUGGUAUCACUCGAUCCUUAUACAAUAGGUUGCUUUCUUCUCCAGGUAAAUCUACAAAAGUAAGAGUUACGGUAGAAGGUCCUUACGGCGAACCCACGCCAGCUAGAUAUGCGGACAGUGCUGUUUUCUUGGCUGGUGGCAAUGGUAUUCCUGGUAUUUAUUCGGAGAUUGUUGAUGCAGCCCAAAUCAGUAGCACUGGUGAGAAGAACAAUAAAUUCAAAUUGGUUUGGGUUGUUAGAGAAUGGAAAUCAUUGUUUUGGUUCUAUCAAGAGUUGGUUGAUUUGAAAGAUUUAGAUAUUGACACUACCAUCUAUGUCACUAGACCUGGUAUUGAAUCAUUUGCUGAAGAGUACAACAAUAGAUUUCUGGAAUCUCAGGCCAUUCUUAGCGGUGACAUUCAUGAAAAGCCUAAAAAGGACGGUGUUAAGGUUUCUGUAAAUAAGAUGGAAGGCGAGGAAGAUAGUGAUAGUGAUGGAAUGAUUGACACUAUUAAGCUGGAGCUUGGUCAUAUUCAGUUUCACGAAGGAAGACCAAACAUUGAAUCUUUGGUUGAUAGGUAUGUUGAACAAUCAAAUGGAUCUAUUGCUUUUGUUGCCUGUGCUCACCAUUCAAUGGUUGAUGAGGUUCGUUACUAUUGUGCCCACAAAAUUGACAAUCCUGCGAAGAAAAGAGUUGAUUUCUAUGAGCAAGUCCAAGUUUGGGCUUAA